AUGGCCGCGAAUACCGACACGCAAGCCGCGCAAGUCUCCUCGUCGUUCUCCCAGCCCAUAGACGCAGAGUAUCUGACCAAGAAGCUCCGAUCGUCGCUGGACAUCACCCACAUUUCCAUAGAAGACAUGUCCGGCGGCUGCGGCCAGGCCUUCAACGCCAUCAUCGUGUCUCCCGAAUUCGAGAAGAAGACGUUACUCGCGCGGAGCAGACUUAUUAAUGGCCUGCUGAAGGAGGAGAUUGCCGCGAUCCAUGCGUGGACGCCACGGUGUCUGACGCCGGAGCAGUGGGAGAAGGAGAAGGAGCGGAUAGGGUAG